AUGGAGAUAGAUUCGGGAUCAAAAAAAAAUCAAGUUCCAAUUAAUGUCAACAACAAGAAGACAGGGAGCAAAGGAAGGCCAUCCAUCCCCUUUGAUGAAAACAAAUUCAAGUCAAUUGAAAAAGUGAAGAAGACAACUUUAAGAGCACUGUCAAGGGCCCUGGGAGUUAGCCAAACCACAGUGUGCAGAUGGAAAAAAAAAAGGUACUUUCGAAAGCACACCAACGCAAUCAAACCGUUACUUACAGACAAAAAUAAACUCGACAGGUUAAUUUUUUGUCUUAGUAGUUGCAUUUUCGAUGAGCAAACAAGCAACUUCACAUUUAAUGAAAUGUCAAAUGUAGUGCACAUGGAUGAAAAGUUGUUUUAUAUUACAAGGACACAACAAACAUAUUAUCUAACUCAAGAUGAAAUAGAGCCACAUAGAGAAAUCCAAUCUAAAAGAUUUAUCCCCAAGAUCAUGUUUAUGUGUGCCGUUGCAAGACCAAUCUUUUCUAGUGAAGGUGAGAUGAUUUUUGAUGGAAAGACAGGCAUAUUUCCUUUUACACAUGAAGUGGCAGCACAAAGGAGUUCAAAAAACAGGAAGAGAAGAGAGCCAGAGACCAAACUAAUACAAUCAAUCACUAAAGAUCACACAAGAGACAUGAUUGUGCACAAGAUACUACCAGCAAUUAGAAGUAAAUGGCCACCACAUUUAAGCAAAACAAUUUUCAUUCAACAGGACAAUGCUAAACCACACAUUUUAGAUGAUGAUGAAGUGUUUAGAGAGCAUCAAAAAUCAGCAUACAACUAUGCACAAUUAGUAAACGCAGUGACUACAACAUUUGACAAUCUGCAACCAAAUGAACUGAAGAAUGUAUGGAUCACACUACAAGCAUGUAAAAUUGAGGUUAUUAAGAAACUAGAUGGUAUGGAUUAUGACAUUCCACACAUGAGCAAAUCAAAACUUGAAAGGGAAGGGAGACUCCCACAUUGUUUGGGGGUACAGCAGGAAACAAUUUAUGAGGCACUAAGAUAUCUGGACACAAAGGUGGAUGAAACUACAUAUGAGGUCAUUUUAUUUUACUUGGGGAUCAAAGACGAAGCAGUUUUCCAUCAACUUCAUUUAACAACAGCAAGCACAGAAGCAACAACAGAAGCAACAACAGAAGCAGCAGCAGAUAUUCCAGCAACAAAUGAAGCAACAACAGAUAUUCCAGCAACAAAUGAAGCACCAACAAAAGAAACAAGUACAUUAACAGAAGCAGCACCAGCAUGA